ACUGUCAAACGGCUAUCGCGAAACAAACCACAGAUCGGAAAACUAAACGGGCUGUGUAGACAAUGCUUGCUAACUGAGAAUGGCAACGUUUGCCUGUUUGUCGAAGUGUGAGUGGAUUUCAAGACUGGCGACAACUGUGUUUGUUUGAAAGGACAGUUAAAUCGUUGGCCGGUGCGAUUUAAAACGGUGGCUAACGCCGGCUAGCGCGUCAAGCUAGGCUAUUUCAAGAUAGGUAUACACUGUCUGUAGCUGCCGUGGAUAGUGUACGUCGGAGUCGAAAGGGCAGGGACCCCCAAAAUGCCUGAAACCACCACCAGGUUCUUUAUUGCAAUGAAGAGUACCAGGGGCCAGCUCUAAGAACCCUGAGCCAUGAACUCUGUUUCCCCCAGUGCAGCACAGUAUGUGGGUGGAGGGAUGCAGGAUGAGCUGGUUGAGACACUGAGGCACCAACCCCUUGAGCGUCUGAGUGGCCUUGGUCACAGAAUGGCACAAAGUCCAGAUCCCAGCAGAGAAGCCAUUGGAGAGCCAGAUGAAGUGGACAAACUCAAGGCCAAGCUCAUGUCCGCAUGGAACAACGUAAAAUAUGGCUGGUCCGUCAAAUUGAAAACCACCUUCAAUAAGACAUCACCAGUCACUCUCCUGGGAAACUCUUAUCUGCUAAACAGUGAAGAUGAGGUAGAGCGUUUCCGUUCAGCUUUUGUCUCAAGGAUAUGGCUCACCUACCGGAGGGAGUUUCCUCAGCUGGAAGGCUCCAACUGGACCACGGACUGCGGCUGGGGUUGUAUGCUACGUAGUGGGCAGAUGCUGCUGGCACAGGGACUCCUGGUUCAUUUGAUGCCACGAGACUGGGCUUGGCCAGAUGCACAGCAACUAGCUGAUGUGGAUUUGGAGGUGUUCAGACCACGCUCGCCAGCCCGUGCUGGAGGGGUUCCCAUCCCGUCCUUUGGCUCUCCACGGGGACCCAGCACUCCUCAAAAGCCCCUCGUAGGCGAGCAGGUACCCAAAUAUACUUGGAAGAAGAGGCCUGAGUCUGACAGGGAUAGGCAAAUGGAGCCCAUCCACCGCAAGCUCGUGACCUGGUUUGGAGAUCAGCCUCCAGCCCCUUUUGGGGUUCACCAGCUGGUGGAACUCGGAAAGAGUUCAGGGAAAAAGGCCGGAGACUGGUAUGGCCCUUCAGUAGUGGCACACAUACUUCGAAAAGCAGUGGCCAAAACAUCUGAACUUCACAACCUGGCCGUGUAUGUGGCUCAGGAUUGUACUGUGUACAAAGAAGAUGUGGUUCGUCUGUGUGACCUGUCUCUGAACCAGAGUCUCCCUGAGCCCUCCAGCCAAAGCUGGAAGGCAGUCAUUAUACUUGUGCCUGUCCGACUGGGAGGAGAGGCCCUAAAUCCUUCAUACAUUGAAUGUGUCAAGAACAUCCUCAAGUUGGAAUGUUGCAUUGGAAUCAUUGGAGGCAAACCCAAGCAUUCGCUGUACUUCAUAGGCUUCCAAGAUGAGCAGCUGUUGUAUCUGGAUCCUCACUACUGUCAGCCUGUGGUGGAUGUCACACAAGUCAACUUUUCUCUGGAGUCAUUCCACUGUAGUUCACCCAGAAAGAUGCCCUUCAGCCGUAUGGAUCCUAGCUGCACCAUUGGUUUUUACGCCAAGAAUAAGAAGGAUUUUGAGUCCCUAUGUUCUGCUGUUUGUAUGGCCUUGUCUUCAUCCAAGGAGAAGUACCCCAUCUUUACCUUUGUUGACGGCCAGGGCCAGGACUAUGGACUAGAGGCCCACAGUAGCAAUCACACAGGUCCUGCAGGACAUAUCUUGCCCCUGGGCGGGCCGAGCAGUAGUGACAAGAAGAGAGGUAGCACUGAUGAAUUUGUCUUCCUGUAAGAGCUCAUGCACUGAGGAUCUCUGGAGGCUUCCCUUAUGCCGACCCAUAGAUGAAAGAAGAGAGAGCCUCUGUUUCAUUUAGUUUUCCCUUCAAAAAAAUGACACGAUUCUCUUAUCGAUGCAACUCUGAGGUGGACGGACACUUUAGUGCUUGAUCACUUUGACAAGACAGGUGUGUGUGACUGUUGUUACACUCGUCGCCUACCAUCAACUCUGAGUGGGUCAAGAUGGAUGUUCUAAGCUGAAAAGCAUGAUGGGUACUGCUGUAUUUAUUUUGACACUGAACAAAAAUCUGGUUUUAGUGUCAAAUAUAAUUUCUUCUGUUUUGAAGCUGUUGAGGUAUGCUUAAUUUACUCGGGGGGGGGGGGGUAUAAACAAUUUAACAGCCUCAGAGGAAGGUAUCUCACUGGGGAGAUUAAAUAAAUGAAGCACUCCACGUGCUUUUUUUCUACAUGCUCUGAAUAUAUUUGACAGAUUUUGCCCUGAUUAGACGCAGUGACACUGAAUACCAUUGUGUUACACAUGGUAUUUAAUAGACACACUAGUCUGUAACAAUGAUGAGGUCCCUGCUGUGUUUUUUUUUAAUGCGAAACAUUUGUGUUACACACUAUCUGCUGUACACUCCCAUUUAUUCUUAUUCUUCUAAAUUAAUUUAUCAGUUUUACGUGUGUGUCUCUGUGUGUGGUGUGCGUGUGUAUGUGAAAGGGACAUUAAUUUGCUAAGUCUUGAUUGAGUACACUGCUGUAUGUUCCACAGUGUUCUCAAAAUCUUCCAAAAUUUUGUGAAUAGUUGAAGAGUCAUCUCAGGCUUUGGCUCACUCUCAGUCACCAGUAGGAACUUGCAACACGACUGGGAUCCUGCUGUUAAAAUGUCUCUAUUGGCCAACAAUGAGUCACUGCAGCCAGAGUAAAUGGAAAUCAUCCAUUUACCCAAAAGUCUGCUGGUAAUAUAAAUGUAUCUCUGACUACUGA